CGGCGCGGGCGAGCGCGCGGGAAGCGCCGGCGCCCACCAUGGAGGUGAGCCACUCGGUGAAGGAGCGCACCAUCGCCGAGAACAGCCUGGUGAUCCUGCUGCAGGGCCUGCGCGGCCGCGUCACCACCGUGGAGCUACGCGACGAGAGCGCGGCCACGGGGCGCGUCACCAGCGUGGACGCCUUCAUGAACGUGCGCCUGGCUGAAGUGACCUUCACGGACAGGCAGGGAGCUGUGUCCAGCCUGGACGAGCUCUUUGUGACCGGCAGGAACAUCCGCUAUGUGCACAUCCCCGACGAGGUGGACAUCCGGACCACCAUCGAGGAGCAGCUGCAGGCCAUCCACAGGGUGCGCUACUUCGGGGGUCGCGACAAGGGCCGCAGGGAGUUCCUUCAUGACAAGCACAAGUGAGGACCUGGUGCUGCCCACGCCAGCCAGGAUGGACCCAGAAUGGACCUGGGAUGGACAUACCAGCCUUCUCCAUGCCAGCCAACCCGCCCAACACCAUCCAACUAGGAACAUUUUUCUCAAGGGACAUGGGGCUCUGCUGUUCCCCCCACCGGUGCCUGCAGAGGAGCAGGAUUGAUUUUUGUAGUGAAUAACAACAUUUAAAUGCUC